AGGGAGGCCGCUAGUCUCUCCCCGAGUGUCCUGCGGUCGGGCGGGAUCCGUGGUCGUUCGCCGGGGUUCCUCAGGGCGCGUGCUUGUGUCAAGCGGGGUUCUUCGCUCGGGGGUCGUGUGGGUUGGUUCUCUCCCUCUGCUUGGGGGGUUUUGUGGCUGAGUCGCGUUCAGGAGGCGUUUGAAGGAUUGUGUGUUGACGAAAAAAAAGUGAUCGGAAAUACCCUUGUCCGUUGAGACGUUGUGGCGUUGUGGAGUAAGUCUGUAGGCCUCAUUGCUUGGUAUUCUUUUUACUGCGUUUCCUGAUAUGAGAAGAAGGAAGAGAGAGUGAAGAAAAAUAUUCUUUGGACUUAUUAUCACUUUAGGGGAAAAAAAAGAAAUUGAAUCAGUGUUAGUGUAGAAAGGAAGAGAAGACAAUGACCUUCCCUUUUAUUCUUAGAAGCUCUUUUUACCAUCUUAUGAGCGCUUUGUGACACGGCGUUUGGGUUACCUGUGAGAGAAAAAGAGAGAAAAUAAUAAGGAGAAUGCAGAUAUACACAGUAGAAAAACAAGAAUUAAGAACAACGAAGGAAAGGAAAGAAAUGAAAGAAGUGGAGACGAAAAAGCAUAUGGGGAAGAAAUAGUACGUAGAAUACCUAAAGAACAGAACAAAGGAGAGCGGGAGAAAGACCUUUUUUUUAAAGCAAUGGCGUUCCCAUUAACGCCUUCGAACGCAGCCAGGACAGGAGGGAGUUUAUCGCCCUUGGAUCUCGCCGGCGCCCUCGGAGUGUGAGGAAGGUCCUGCUCCACACCUCCUGCAGGAUGACGCAGAAGAAACAAAUUACAGAUACCGAGAACGCCAUGGACUUCGUCGGGUCAGCCAAGAGAGCCCUGCGCUGGUGCCCGACGCGAGCGAUGCGACGCGGGGGGACGCUGCUGCUGCUGUGGUGCUCCUUCUGCUACCUCGUCUUCAGGUUCUCUGGCCAGGACGAGUCGGCGUUCAACCACGCGGGCACGAUGACGGGCCGCCUCCUGCUGCAGAAGAUCGUGGAGACACGCGCGCCUCCGGUGGCCACGACGGAGGCCAGCUCGCCCAACGCCACCACGGAGUUCAACCCCCACGAGCUGGAGCCUUCCAUCGACAAGUCCCCCUCGCUCUCGGAGAAGGACCUGGCGGCGCAGAUCCAGGGCCUGAUCCCCAACCUGCCCGUGGAGUACUGGCAGAAGUACAAGGGCAAAGUGCUCUCCAAGAACAAGACCUGCGCCAAAUUCCCCUCGCUCUACGACAUCAGCUUCAACAACAUGUACUGGCAGACGCUGCAGACGAGCAACGGCACCUUCCACCUGUACGGCGCCUACUACGACAACCGGACGCUGGUGGCCAUGAAGCCGGUGAUCAGGGUCCUGGGCAUGAUCAACCGCCUGGAGCCGCGCGUCAAGACCUUCUGCCAGCUGUGGUUCGACGGCUACAAGGAGCCCGUGUUCGCCAAGGUGUGGGAGUACAAGUACAUCUGGUACAAGAAGUGGGGCAACUACAAGAACGGCCUCUUCCAGCCCUACCUGAUCGCGUGCCAGGUCCCCCCGGGCUACAGACACCUGGUCCCCGAGUCCGUGUCCCUGGUGGAGCGCCCCUGCGACAUGGCCACCACCAACCUCAGGGUCAUCAACAACCGGCCUCCGAACGGCAAGAAGGAGGACUUCGCCGUGUGCGUGAAGGGGCUCGACUUCCUGCACGACGACCUGAGCGUGCGGCUGGUGGAGUGGCUGGAGAUGCUGUUCCUGCUGGGGGCGCACAAGGUGUUCCUCUACGACCUGGAGGUCCACCCCAACAUCUCCAAGGUGCUCAACUACUACGAGGAGCAAGGGCGCGUCGAGGUCACGAAGCUGACCUUGCCCGGCGAGCAGCCCAACAUCCCCGGCCUCAUCCACAUGUACCUCAAGUCGAAGGUCACGAAUAAGAGGCAGAACGAACUGAUUCCCUACAACGACUGCCUCUACAAGAACAUGUACCGCUACAAGUACAUCGCCUUGCUGGACACUGACGAGGUCAUCAUGCCCAAGAGCUCGAUGACGUGGAAGUCCCUGAUGGAGACGGUGGUGCCCAAGGCCCUCAAGACCAAGAAGGACCCCCGCGCGUCCUACAACGUGCGGAACGUCUACUUCAUGGACACGAUGCGCCACACCCACGGCUGGUUCAGGGAAAUCCCCCACUACAUGCACAUGCUGCAGCACGUGUACCGCUCGCGCAACUACACCAAGCCCGGCCAGUACGUGAAGUGCUUCCACGACCCGGGCCGCGUCCUCACGCUGCACAACCACUUCCCGCUGUCGUGCCUCGGCGGCGGCUGCUCCUCCUACGCCAUCGACACCGAGGACGCGCACCUGCAGCACUACCGAGCCGACUGCGUGACCACCCUGAAGAAGUCGUGCUCCACGGAGUACAAGAACCACACCAUCCUCGACACCACCAUAUGGAGGUACCGCGAGCCGCUGGUGGGGCGGGUCACGGACACCCUCGUCCGCCUGGGCUUCUUCAACCCGGGCACGGCGUCCAGACCCAACGACCCCCCCGCGUCGGCCGUCAGGAGAAAGUGAUCCUCCGCGCUCUAGUGAGUCGCCGAAGGUGGUGUUGUCCAUGUGCCUUACCUGGUGUGAUCCGCCCGCAGUCAGGGUCAAGCGUGUCCCUUCCGAGUCCCGAUAUCAUCCUCACUGUCAAGUCCCCCCCCUCCCUUUGCCAUCUCCUUCCUCCUCCUGUGCCUACGCCGAGAUGGAGGGUGGCAUCGUCCCUGUGGUGAUUCUUGCGACAUAUCUUCAUGCUGUGUGAGUGGGCGUGGCGACGCGGCAGGACCUGUCUGAAGUGUCAUGACCUCCCGAAUCCUCGCCAGCGUCGGGCAUAAAUGUCGAGAACGUGGUUUAUUCACCUCUAGUGACGCGUGUGUCUGUCUUUUUAUAUGUUAGAAGGGUAUUGGAUAUUUUUAUGAACGGUGAAUGCUUAUGAAUAAUAUAGUCAGAUUCCAUUUGGAAACGGAAAGCGGUUAUUAGCAUCAAGCGCAACUUCAGGUGCCACCAUCAGCUGCUGUAGUGAGAACAGCGUCCUUAUAUCUGCACAAAUGCAUUUCCCAACAGAUUUAUUAUUCAGUGUUUGUGGCUUAGUAUCUUGAAAAUGUAAAAACAGUACGAUCCAUAUCUUCUCUCACGAGGGAGGGACAGUCACCGGUGUGGAAUACGAAGACUCAACUGUGAUUUAUAGACUGUACGACCUUACAAAGCAGUAAUGUAAAUAUAGCUUAGGAUUAGCAGAUUUCGCCCUCCAUUGUCACUCUAGGUCAAGCUCCGCCCACGCGAAGGCGGCUUCUCUGUGUUGUGCGUCAGUUUCAUCUUUUUAUUUUCAUGUUUAUCAGUAUUAAGGGAAAUAUAAAAGACAAAAUGUUAUAUUGAAAUGUGUGUUUUUAUUUGCACAAGUUUGUUGGAUUUUCUUUUUUUAAGGGUGGGUGGGAGGCGAAGAGCCUUCUUUAAGAUUAAAUCUAUUUAUAUUAGGGUCGUGCAUAUCAUGAGAAAAUAUCAUCACUAAUGAAAUGUUAAAAAAAAUAAUGGUCGCAAAUAUUUUCAACGUCAGUCCAUUUUUUAUUAGUUUGCGUGCAAACGACCUCAAGUACUUAAAACCCAAAAUGUGAAAAUGAAUAAACGACAGCAUAUCAGUGCUAGGAAAUUCAAAAGGAUUUUUUCCCUUUAAAGUUCUCCUGCCCACAGCAAGGGGAAACGGCGAUAUUUCUCUGACUA